AUGAGCAAAAAGGCUGCUCCAGCACUUACUGCUAAGAGCGGAGUAGAAGUUGUCGAAUUUGAUCCAAGUACAGCACCACCUCCAAAGCCAAGAAAACCAAAAACAGAUAAUCAACCUCCUAAGUUUAUUAAAGAUAAGAAGAAAAAAGAUUUCAAGAAAGAAGAAAAACCAUUAACUGCUAAAGAAUUUGUCGAUAAGUACAGAAGAGAAGCUCUUACAGCAAGCUGGGAUCCAGCAGUUUUGAGAAAAUGCGGCAAAGGUGCAAAAGAAAUCCUUACUUCGCUUGGAUGCAAAUUCAAAAACGAAAACAUCCCAUUUGCUGAGCAAAAGAAGCGUAGGCAGCAUAAAAUCAACAAAGGAGAAAUUGAAGAUCGCAAGUUUUAG